CACAUCCCUAUAAAUACCCCUUCACUUUGGUCAUCUCUUCACUCCACUCUCAAUUCCAGAUAGAUUUUCACCUUAAACCCAUCUUGCUUUCCUUCAAUCUCCAUCGAUCUUAAAGAUCUAUUUUUUCUCCAGAUGGCCAGUGUUGAGGUUCAGUCAGCUCCAACAACUUUGCCAGAGAAUGAGACACCUGAGGUGAUCAAGACUGAAGAGGAGGAAACCCAAGAAGCCGCACCAGCAACCCCUGAGCCAGUAACCGACCAAAAAUCAGAGGAAGUAGCAGCCGACGCUCCAGCAGCAGAGGAACCUGCAGCUCCUGCUGAGGAUGAAACCAAAAAGCUAGAAGAAGAAAAAGAAAAAGAAGAAGAAGCAAAAGUUGAGGCUGACAAGGCCGCACCAGAAGCAGAAGACACUGCAGAGGUGAAGACAGAAGAGACCGACGCUAAGGAGGAGACCAAAGAGACUGUAGCAGAGGCACCGGAAGCUCCUGCGGUGGAAGAGAAAAAAGAUGGAGAAGAGGAGACAGUUGAGAAAGAAGAAGAUAAGGCAGGCAGCACAGAUGUUCCAGUGGAGAAGACUGAGGAGUAAAAUAAUAGACAAAUUAUAUAAGUGAAAGGGAUACUUUUUUUUCGGGUUUGCGCAUGUCAAAGUUGGGGAGUUUCUGUUUAUUUAUGUCCAUUAAUUGAUUGCUAUCACCAUGGAUAUGAUUAAAGCAAUGAAUGAUGGAUUUGGAUGGGUUUUUUUCUUGGACUAAAGAUGCAAUACAGUCAGUAAAAGUGAGGUGACACAUUGGAUCCAUGUUAGGGCACUUGCCAGCAUUGGGUUCUAUUAUGGUCGCUUGCCUUUUCUUAUUUAUGGUGUGAAAUGUGAUUGAUCUUUAUUAUUUUCUUCUUUUACUUAUUACAUAAAUAUAAUGAUAUUAUUCUUUUUCUUUUA